AUGGCCAUUGCCACCGACAUCCCCAUCAUCGACUUUACGCAGGCUUCGUCGUCGCCGGAUCAGGUGGCCAGAGAGCUGCUCAGAGCGUGCACCGACUGGGGCUUCUUCUUCGUCAAAAACCAUCCUAUACCCCAAGACGCCAUUGACAGCAUCUUUGACCUGGAGAAAGCGUUCUUUGCUCAACCGCUCUCGGCCAAACUAGAAGCGCCCUACGUUGCCUCGAAGAACGCCGGCUACAAACCCGCCAGUUCGUAUGGCGCGGAUGCCAGAUUCACCGAUCCUCGUGAGGCGAUCAGCAUCAACAAGUGGCCCACGACCGAGCACGCCACAGCAGCUCGUCUUCCUCCCGUCCUCUCUGAGGCACGGCAACAGAUCUUCUCCUUCCAACAACAUGUCCGUCUCUUUACCAAGCAGCUCCUCGAACUCAUCGCCUUGGCGCUCGAUCUCCCGCGCACGACCUUCGCACGAUACCAUGACCCGGACACGGAAAACUUUGACAAUUUCGAGCUGAUGCAUUACCCGCCCGUCACGCCCAACGGCUCAGAAACUUCCACCAAGGGGCCGAUUCCAGCAUUCCGCAUCUCCCCCCACACGGACUGGGGCACAUUGACGCUUCUCUUCCAAACCACGGUCGGCGGCCUCGAAGUGCGUCCGCCCAAAUACACCGCCCCGGAACUGUCUCUGGACACCGAAACCUGGACUCCCGCACCGGCGCUGCCGGACCUGAUCCUCGUCAACAUCGGAGACAUGCUCGAGUUCUGGACGGCAGGCAAGUUGAAGAGCACCUGGCACCGAGUCGUCCCCACGCCCACGGAGGGCGGGCUCGAUCGCUACACGUUUGCGUAUUUUUUGCAUCCGGACAAGGACGCCGUGCUGGUGCCCAUGCAAGGUCUGGAGAAGCAAGGUUGGGUGCCGCGAUAUGCCGGAGCCGGGCGGACCGCCGAGGAACACAUCCAUGCGCGGAUCGAGGGCGUUCAUGGGAAACCUAAACCGAAGGCCGAAGACAAGAAUUUCAAUCUUGGCAAGGGAAAGGGAAUGCUGGAGUCCGGCUCUGGUGAAAUUGAUGCCCGCGCAUGA